AUGGCUCAAGUGCCGGAAGCCUUUGUGGAGGUGACCGUGUGUUCCAAUGAAGUGCAGUGUUCCCUUGUGGGCCGCCGCCAGAGAGUCUUGUACAAGAACGUCAUGCAGGAGAACAGCGUGGCUUCGCUUGGAGGGCUUCCUGUCCGCGCCACUGAGCUGCUCACCCGCUUGGAACGCGGAGAAGAGGCCUGGGUUCCGAAUCUCCAGAGUUCGGAUGAGAGCACUGACGAGGCGCCCGUGAAACCAACCCUGAAACGGCUGCCAAAGGGAGGAAUGUGGUGGGGUCGAUACAGAAGCCCUACUACCUACCCCAGUUCUGACUCCUCCAACUCAGAUGAUGAAUUAGAGAGUGAAGCUGAAGAAGAAAAACCUCAGCGUGGAGGUCAGAGGCUAAUGGGUUUUCGCCGAAAUUUGUUGGCCAGUUCUAGGGGGAACGGGUCCCAGAACCUCAAGCUGAAAGACACCUGUAAAAAUGGCCCCCAGCUGAAGAAACAUCCACGAAGCCAGGUUGGUGUUGUCGGUGAGGGCUCGGUCAAAGAAAGGACUACUGCGGGAGACCACCCGAGCACCUGCUCUGAAUGCGGCCAGUCCUUCAAGUCUAAAUUAUCUCUUUCGAAUCAUGUGAGGAAGCACACCAGAGAGAAACCCUAUAAAUGCUCUUGCUGUGGAGAAAGGUUCACGGACAAAAAAGCCCUGGGUGCUCAUCAGAUGAGACACGCCAAAGAAAAAGGUUAUAAAUAUCCCAGCAGUAUGAAAACCGCUAAAAAGCUUCCAAAAAGCCAUCCAAAAAAGAAACCCUAUAAAUGUACUCAGUGUGAAAAGAGCUUUGAGGUGAAGGACCAACUUGAAAAACAUGAGAAGGUUCACAGCAAAGAGAGGCCGUAUGAUUGUUCCAUCUGUGGGAGAGGUUUCAUUCGAAAGGAACAUCUUACCAGACACCAACAAACCCACAGAAGACAGAAAAACUAUACACCUCCCAAGAGCAUAAAAGUAGCAAGAGUGGAAAGUUCACCUGUUGCUCACAAAAAGAAGCCACCCGUAGACCCUGAGAGACCUGUUGCAUUGAACACCAGGCAUCAGCGAUUCUCCAUAAGCCGCUACAAAUGCAAAUUUUGUGGGAGAUGUAUGCGUGCCAAAACUUUGCUUGUUGAUCAUGAGAGAAGUCAUAGGGAAGAGAGGCGCUAUAAAUGUUCCCACUGUAAUAAAAGCUUUUAUCAUAAGCAGAAUUUUGAGAAACACAAGAAAAUCCACCUGAGAAGUCAGCCGGAUGGCAGACCUCGCAAGAGGAUGGAACGGACGAUCGCAAAGAGUUCCCCGUCUGAUUCUGGAAACUUCCGCACUGCAGAAAAUCCUUCUAAAAGCCCUGUUGAUAGGAAAAUCAUCACUCGCAGCUUUCGCCUUGCCCAGCACCUGAAACUCCAGACCAAGAAAAAGGUCUUUAAAUGUCAGUAUUGUGGGAAAUGUAUGAGCAAAAGAAGUGCUCUCGUCACUCACGAGAGAAUCCACAGAGGACAGAGACCAUACAAAUGCCAGGAUUGUGGGAAGCGUUUCCGUCUAAAAUACCACUGUGACAGACACUUGGUAACCCACACAAGUGGGAAACCCUUGAAGCACAGCAAUAACACGAGAAGGUUGAAUGUGAAGAGUUCCCUUCCGGUUCCUGGAGGAAUCAACACUGGGCAGAAACCUUAUAAGGACUUCAUCCGUGAACAUAUUGUCACUCGCAGCUCACGUUUCACGAGGCAACCAGAAAUCCACACAGAGGACAAACUUUAUAAAUGUAAGUUUUGUGGGAAAGGCAUGCGAACCAAGAAUUCAGUUCUCAGCCACGAGAGAACCCACAAAGGAGCGAAGCCAUACACUUGUCUGGAGUGUGGGAAAAAGUUCUCUCAAAAGAAUCACCUUGGAUGCCACCAGAGAAGCCACUUGAAAAAAAAGCCGUACCAAUGUUUGGACUCUGAAAAAAGCUUGACCACGAAAAACGCCGCCCUCAGUUGUGGGAGUCCUGAGGAAAGAAAGCCGCCGUGUUUAUGCCUGAAAUGUGGGAAGAGUUUUGAUGAGAAGUAUUACCUCAUCAGACAUCAGAAAAUCCACACUGGCGCAAAGCCUUUCAAAUGUGCCACAUGUGGGAAAGGCUUCAUUCAGAAGUGGCAUCUGAGGAGACACGAGAGAACCCAUCCGAAAGGAGGAAAUCACACAAGAGGGAUCAGGAAUAACGCCUGGGAUGAAAUCCAAAAGCUCCCCGACCUGCAUGAAGGUAAAACCUAA